GAGGACGGGCUGGGCGGCGCCGGCGGGCGGGCCGCGGGCUGAGGCGGCACUGGAGUCGGCGCUGGCGCUGGCGGAGGCGCCAUGGAGGUCGAGCUGGGGCCGGAGCGCAGGCCCGCGGAGCGCAGCAGCCCGGGCCCGAGUUCGGAGGAGGGCGCGCGGGCCCUGGCCGAGUUCGCGGCGCUGCACGGCCCGGCGCUGCGCGCCUCGGGGGUCCCCGAGCGGUACUGGGGCCGCCUCCUGCACAAGCUGGAGCACGAGGUUUUCGAUGCUGGAGAAAUGUUUGGGAUCAUGCAAGUGGAAGAGGUAGAAGCGGAUGACGACGAGGCAGCACGAGCAGUGCGGGAGAAGCAGCCCAACCCAGGGAGUGAGCUGUGCUACAAAGUCAUUGUGACCAGCGAGAGUGGGCUCCAGGCCGCAGACCCCAACAGCAUCUUCCUCAUCGACCACGCCUGGACGUGUCGCGUGGAGCACGCCCGCCAGCAGCUGCAGCAGGUGCCGGGGCUGCUGCACCGCAUGGCCAACCUGAUGGGCGUCGAGUUCCACGGCGAGCUGCCCACUGCCGAGGCCGUGGCCCUGGUGCUGGAAGAGAUGUGGAAGUUCAACCAGACCUACCAGCUGGCCCAUGGGACAGCUGAGGAGAAGGUUCCCGUGUGGUACAUCAUGGACGAGUUUGGCUCACGCAUCCAGCAUGCAGAUGAGCCCAGCUUUGCCACCGCACCCUUCUUCUACAUGCCCCAGCAAGUGGCCUACACGCUGCUGUGGCCCCUGAGGGACCUAGAUACAGGCGAGGAAGUGACCCGGGACUUUGCCUACGGAGAGGCAGAUCCUCUGAUCCGGAAGUGCAUGCUGCUGCCCUGGGCUCCCGCCGACAUGCUGGACCUCAGCUCCUGCACGCCCGAGCCGCCUGCCGAGUACUACCAGGCCAUUUUGGAGGAAAACAAGGAGAAGCUGCCCCUUGCCACCAGCCCAGUGGCACACCCCCACGACCACGUCUUCAGGGUCUACACGGACAUGCAGCAGGUGCUCAGCAGCCUCACGCACCCACGCUUCACCUUCACCCAGAACGCGGCGGACGCCGACGUCCUCUACAACUUCUCCCACUUCAAGGACUACAGGAGGCUAAGCCAGGAGAGGCCAGAGGUGCUGCUGAACCAGUUCCCUUGUGAGAACCUGCUGACAGUAAAGGACUGCCUGGCCUCCAUCGCGCGCCGGGCAGGGGGCCCCGAGGGCCCACGCUGGCUGCCCCGAACCUUCAACCUACGCACUGAGCUGCCCCAGUUUGUCAGCUACUUCCAGCAGCGGGAGAGACGGGGCGAGGACAACCACUGGAUCUGCAAGCCCUGGAACCUGGCCCGGAGCCUGGAUACCCACAUCACCAAGAGCCUCCACAGCAUCAUCCGGCACCGGGAGAGCACCCCCAAGGUUGUGUCUAAGUACAUUGAAAGUCCCAUCCUAUUCUUUCGAGAAGACGUGGGGAAGGUCAAGUUUGACAUCCGCUACGUGGUGCUGCUGCGCUCGGUGAAGCCCCUGACGUUGUUUGUGUAUGACGUGUUCUGGCUGCGAUUCUCCAACCGGCCCUUCACGCUCAGUGACCUGGAUGACUACGAGAAGCAUUUCACGGUCAUGAACUAUGACCCGGAUGUGUUGCUUAAGCAGGUGCACUAUGAUGAAUUCAUCCCCGAAUUUGAGAAGCAGUACCCAGAAUUUCCCUGGACUGGUGUCCAGGCUGAGAUCUUCCAGGCCUUCACCGAGCUCUUCCGAGUGGCAUGUGCCAAGCCGCCGCCCUUGGGCCUCUGUGACUACCCUUCAUCCCGGGCCAUGUAUGCCAUCGACCUUAUGCUGAAGUGGGACAACUGUCCAGAUGGGAAGCGAGUGAUGCAGCCGCAGAUCUUGGAGGUGAACUUCAACCCGGACUGUGAGCGAGCCUGCAGGUUCCACCCCACCUUCUUCAACGACGUCUUUAGCACCCUGUUCCUGGACCAGCCCGACGACUGCCAUGUCACCCGCCUCCUCUAAGCCCUCGCUGUCUCUUGAGCCUGUACAUGCGGGCAGGAUCCCAACCUCAGUUCCUUGAGCUGCUUCUGUAAAGCACCCCCAAGCUGGCCUGGGCUGAAGCCUCUGCCCUCCUGAGCCAUAGUUCGGCAUCACACCCUGGGAGUGCAGGGCUUGUCCCCACUGUGGGGCAGAGCCAGGACAGUGAUGGUGUCCCCAGGCUGAGUGUGCCCCAAGGCCCUGUCCACAUCCCCUCGCCACCGCCUGUGCAUUGAUGAGUCUCCAGCUCAGCCAAGGGCUUUCUUCCUGGUGUCAGGAGAGCUUGGUCCUUGGGCUGCUGCGUUUCCAGAGGGCGUGGGGAACAGGGUGCUGUGGAGCGGGACCAGGUGUUCCUCAGCUGCAUCAAACAGGUCAGGCAGGUUUCUUUUCCUCAGGGUUCUGCUCUCUGCAUCUGGCUCCCACGGGCAGGGGUCAGGGUUCCAUGCUGUGACUGCAAAGCUCUGUGUGACACAGACCCCAGAACAGCCUGGGGUGGCCGUAGCCUUGUGGCCCGCCCCAGCCCCACUAGAGCCUUCACCAGCAAACCUCCUGCUAAAUCCCUGCGGGAGGCCUUCUCCUUUUGUUGCAAUUCCCUUUCCAUUUGGCAAGCGUGGGCUGACCUCUUGGUCACAGGCCCUGCCCCGGUCUGAGGUCGGCUAGGACACUGGUAAGGGGAGUGAGGGCAAGUGUGGGGUGCAGGGCACCAGGCGGGACGGCUGGUAAAUGAACGUGAGUCCAAAAACUUUAUGUUAAAGUAGGAUGACAUCUACCUGGGUCUACAGUCAAAGUGUUGAGUUUCUGUUAUUUUUUAAUUUAUGGGAGGAAAAUAUAAAAUUCUAGUUCUUUCCUAAUUUUGUUUCUGAAAUUUGGAGUCAGCUGCCAGCAUUUUUUUGCGUAGCCGUUGUGCACCUGGGCCCAUCUCACAGAAGGUGGGUGGGUGGGAGCUGCUUCCAGAGCCUUCCAGUGUGCAGGAUGCUGCGGCUGGGCAUGGUGGUGUGUGUUUCACUUUUGAAGCUAAAAGUGACCCUCCUUGUAGCACAGCUGCACACAGUUCUGCGUCCCCUCUCUGUCGGGACAUGUGGGCUGCCCUCUGUUAGCAAGAGUCCCUUUGAUAGCAGAGGCAGCUCUGUUGCUCCCAGGGUGAGGGUGGAGCCUCCUCUCUGCUCCUGUCCCUGGAAAGCUGCUGACAUCCGUCCUUUUCACUCAAUCUGUACUGCAAUAAAGUAUGCCUUAUAUGGCAUCUGCCCCCUUC